AUGCCGGUAUCCAAUGCGAACGCACUCGCUGAGAAUAGGGCAGCUGCAAAGCGUCAGGCCGUCACUACUGUAUCGGUUGUGACGCUCAUCUUCAUACUGUGGCCAGAGCGGUAUAUUAUUUUUCGAAAUCUUUGCCUGGUCCCUGUGUUGGCCUGGCUGACUUCGCUGGUGUUUGAUCUGAAGCAUGGGGCGUUGGAUGCAUGGGAUGGAGUCCCAGCUUGGUUCAAAAGAAUCAUCGGAGCAGAUGAUAAUACAAGCAGUAAUGCCAGUGGGCCUUCUCGUAGGGGAGCCCGACACCCGCAGAACCAGGCCACAACAUUCUCGGACUAUGUGCUCAUGCACCUUGUCGACACGGCGUCUUGGAUCAAGAGCGAAGCUGUCCGGCUCUGGGGAAUAGUCGGGCCAGUCAUAGGAGAAUGGAUUCACCAAGCCCUCCAGCUGCUCAUAUCUCAAAUACCAGCAAGCGAGAGUUCAUCAUCUACUUGGGCUGAGAAACCGGCUCCAGAAUUCACCCAAUUCUAUGGCAUCUUGAUAAAGUCUCCCCGUGGCCCCAGGGCUCCUCCUCCUUUUGCAUCUCCUUUCAUGAUGCGAGAUGCCCCAGAUAGAUUCAUUCUGCGGGAAAGCAAGGAUGCGACCGAUCUUCCUUCAGUGCUCAGCGCUUGGGACACGGAUUCUCGUUUGUCGUUCUGCCUGAUCGAGAAGGCGAUUUGGGAUGACAGAGAUCUAACACUGAGGAACAAAUUAACAACCGGCACGUACUGGAACAUUUCAAUCCAGGGACGUGGAUACCCUCGCAAUGCGAUGGACAAGUCCGAGGUUGGACGAAUCAGUGCCAUUGAGGUGAUUGGGCUCGGAGACGGGCAAUACGACGCGUUGAAGAAGUCUCACAAGUGCCACCGGCUCCUGAAUCAGGACUGGAAGUACACAAAGAUGCACUGGGACGAUGUUGACUUUGCUAUCAUCCUCGCCCUCUUGGUGUUGGGUCCGACCGCAGGCACGAAAUGUGUCCAGCUUUAUCGAGCACUGUGCAAGCUUAGAGCGGAGCAAGUUGAAGGCCCACGACGAGGCGCUCCGAGUAUAGAUCCUUUCCUCAUCGCGGCAGCGACUGGAGGAUUGGCAGCCCCAUUUGUGUUGCCGCUGAUGGCAGGCGGCCUCGCUGCCGCCGUGAUGAAGGGCCGCAAUGGUGGUAUGCCAGAGCAGAGAAGGAAGGCAUACCGAGGCCUGAUGAUUCAAUUCCCAGAGGUCAAAGUGCUCUUUGAGGAAGAGGAGAUGGCGCAGAAGGAAGAAAGUAGGGAGAAGAAUAUGGGAGAGAACGAUGACGACGACGAGUGGAAGGAUGAGGGAGAUGAUUACUAUAACGAUACCUUGAGCCCAUUUGAUUGGUAG